GUUUACAUCCUUAUGCGAGCUGCUGUUUUGGCCUCACGAUGCGGAAUAAAAAGUGAAAGAUUUGGGCAUGUUUGUAAGCCACUAACUUGGGCACACGGGGACAUUUUUCUAAUGUGCCUAUCCUCUUCACAAAUUCUGUCAACUUAUAUAUUAAAGCAAGAGAGUCUUCCUCAAUCUUACAAGUCUUUUCUCAAUAAACAUGGAGGAAAAGACCUUGUUAUAUUAAAUGGCGUGAAAGACCUUGCACGUGGAAAGUCUGUAACAAAUUUGCAUGUCAUAGAGAAGCAUUACAAAUCCACUGGUCUAGACAUCAAACUUGAUCCUCAGAUGAAAGUUCCUUGCUCGAUGGUGCAUGGAAAUCAAACAUGCGGGGCACAUUUUUUAACCUUCCUAAUUCAAGCUUAUAAGAGAGCUCUGCCUGUCUACCUUCCAGUUUAUUUAAUUCCUGCUUUGAUAGUGCAUCGGCAAGGUCUCUUGAAAAGGCCAUAUACAAUUUUGUGGAAGGGUAUUUUUGGGACAGCAAGAUCUAGUUUGUUUCUAUCAGUAUAUUGCGCGUCUGCUUGUUUCCGACAGGGUUG